AUGCACCAUACUUACUGUCUGCUGUUUCUCCUGGCUGGAUUCUUGGGGUUCACUCACAGUCAGCCAGGCCAUGAGCCUGACAGUACAUCCAACCAAACCCAUAAAGAAGACUCACAGCGGAACAUCUCCAGCUACCACAUUGCCUCCGACAAUGCCGACUUUGCCUUCCGUCUCUACCACCUGAUAGCAUCCCAAAACUCUGAGAAGAACAUUUUCUUCUCCCCACUCAGCAUCUCCGUCUCCUUGGCCAUGCUGUCCACAGGGGCUGUUGGGGAUACCCAGACUCAGAUCCUCGAAGGCCUGGGCUUCAACCUCUCGAAGCUGUCACUGCCUGAAAUCCAUGAGGGCUUCAGGUCCAUACAGCACACAAUAGCUCGACCAUUCAGCGAGCUGCACGUCUCUGUAGGCAAUGCGCUGAUCCUGAGCCAGGACCUACAGCUCCUUCCUGAGUUUGCCAGCGCCGCUGAAACCUCCUAUAACAGCAAAGUCUUGCACGCUAACUUCAGAGACAAAGAGGCUGCUGUCCAGCUCAUCAACGACUAUGUCAAGGAGAAAACUCAGGGCAAGAUCAGAAAUUUGGUCAGUAACCUGAGCCCGGAUGUAAGGAUGGUGCUGGUAAAUUAUAUCUUCUUUCGAGGCCUUUGGAAGAAACCCUUUCCUUUUUCUAGAGUCUCUACCAGUGACUUCUAUGUAGACGAGAACACAGUUGUAAAGGUGCCCAUGAUGCUGCAAGAUCAGCAGGAACACUGGUAUAUUGAGGACAGACGUGUACCCUGCACGGUGCUGCGGAUGGAUUACAGGGGCGAUGCGGUGGCGUUCUUCAUCCUUCCUAACAGGGGCAAGAUGAACGAGGUGGAGCAGGUGCUGUCCCCAGGCAUGCUAAUGAGGUGGAAUCGCUUGCUUCAGAAUAGGUUCUUUUACAGAGAGCUCACAUUGCAGUUUCCCAAAUUCUCCAUUUCAAAUUCCUAUGCACUGGAUGAGAUUUUGCCCGACUUGGGCUUCCAGGACCUGUUCACCCCGCACGCCAACUUCUCAAAUAUCAACAAAGAGGAGAAAUUGCAAUUAUCCAAAGUUUUCCACAAGGCCACCCUGGACGUGAAUGAAGUUGGCACAGAGGCUGCAGCAUCCACCGGUUCCUUUGCCAUCUUUCUUUCUGCCCGCCACAAGAAACGUGAACUUACUUUCAACCGGCCAUUCUUGAUAGUGAUAUAUUCCACCAGCUCCCAGAGUAUCCUCUUCAUGGGGAAGGUGGUCAACCCCACAGCAUAG